AUGUCGGCGAUAUUGCUGCUCGUGACACUGGCAUUAUUCAAGCAAACUGCUAGCGCUGUUAAGUGCUACCACUCAUGUGGUGUGGUCGAUGGCAGGAUUUGCCAACACAUCCGAUCGGGUUGUGGGGCUUGCUCGUAUCACGAGACCUGGCAGUACAAUGAGGUAACUCAAAUCUCGCGGGAAUGCAAUGGAAAUUGUGAACCGUACGAUCUCGAAUUCGAGAUUGGUGCGAGGAAAGGCUACUGCUGCUCGCACGAUCUAUGCAAUGAAUCGCCGAAAACAGUUGCUAUGGGAAAGUGA